AUGAUUCCUACCUGGCGCCUUAGAUUCUUUUGGGUCAGUUAAGGAACAAAAAAAAGCUGUUGGACUUUUCCUGUCAAAGUUGAGUCGAAUAUAUCGAUACGUAUCUUGAACUUUCAGAUUCAUGUGCUCAUCUAUCUAUUUUUCCUCGAAAGUGUUUCCACAAUCCGGGCUCCAGGUACGAAUUCCUUAAGAAUUUAGGAAUCUCAGAGUGGUCCCUAUAGGGGUUAGGGUGGAAACAGACCCUAUAUGGGGCCGAAUAGCGGUUCCUUCAGGGGUAAAAGAAGGGCGGUCCCUAGAGGGGUUAGAGUGGAUUUGUUCCAUUUCUCAUGAAAAUUCUUCUUCGCAUAGAGUUCAUAGAGCAACAAUUAUAGAAUUGCAUGUCCCCUAUAGGGACCUUUUUUGCAAGCUUUAGUGGCCCCUAUAGGGUUAAUAAAGUGGUCUCUAGAUGGGUAUAAGGACCACUCUGGAUUUCCAAAGAAUAUGGGGUUGAAAAUUUUGACUUCAGAUGAUUCUGGUGCAAAGUUUUGCGCAGCGCACAAAGGAACAUGGGUGAAGUUGGAACAUGGCAAGGUUAGUAUUUUCUUUUUCAUGGUACUUUAGACGCAAAAUGGUUCAUGAACAGUAAUUGCCCUUUCUGAUUCAAGAAUGAUUCGGAAAAUGAAAGAAUUUUCAGAAAAAUUACGACGAUUGCAACGAUUUAAUCAUCUGGGUGAACACGGAGAAAGAGGUUUCACGGCGUUUUUUUUUUUUGAUACGCAAUUCAAGAAGUUUCGUAAAUUAUGUUGCUUAGGGUGUAAACACACCGAGACGCACUAUCGCAUACUUGAAAUUUUUUUUUCAAUUUCAGAACUUGCAAUUUUAGGAUAAUAGUUACGUAGUCUUUUUCAUCGAAAAAUCAGUCAUUGUUUGAAAUUUUUUUUAUUCAGGCAGAAGCGAAGGAAGCUUGUGAAUACCUCAUUCCAUUCGAAGUCGUCGCUGCAAAACCCGGAUUUCCGACAAAAUGCUCAUUCCGUACGUCCUUCACCCAUCAUUUAAUUUUGCACGGAUUGUUCUUUUCGAUACUUGAUCAUUUUCUGUAGGAGUUUACGGAUCUUGUCCGCCGGCGUGGUACCAAGUUUUGGGCGGAUGUUACCGACACGCGCUCGGACGGUACACCUUGGAAGAGGCGAAAAUCAUUUGCAUGAAGCACGAUCAAACGGCCAAAAUUGUACAGAUCAGCGGCACACGGAUUCACAAUCUGCUCAUCAGUAGGAUUUUUAAUAGGAAUUUUAAGGAUUCUGUAUGAUGAAAUCUUUCAUUUUUGAAUUUAAAAUGCUAGGUUGUAUCAUUCCGCGCCAGCUUAUCACAAUUUUCGUCUUCCUCUGAGCUACAGGACCGUUCCCCUUGAGACGCGCGAUAUUUAUAACUGCAUGCGCCUUUAAUAUUGUCCGUUUUUCGUGACUGGAAAGGGCGGAACUUUUCUGCGCCCUCCUCGUCUCUCGAUGACCCUCUCUUUUUGACGCACUAUUUUCGCGUUUCUGUGACCUCUCCGGUGAGGGAACAGAGAGACGCAAACUCUCGAAAACUGUCAAGUCAAGUUGGACUUGCUAUAUAUCAGAAGUUCAGGUCAAAUAGUCGGAGUAAUAAAUAAUGGCCGCUUAAAAGGGAUUGGAUCAAAAAGCCACAGAAAGGCAGCAAAAACGCCGUUUUUUUUUUGACGACGCCUCGCGCAUAUUUUUUUUUUCCCGUAAAGUGUUGUGUCGUGUGCACGCACUGCGGCGCUUUCGCACAUACCGUGUUCAAUGUGAUUUUCGCGAAAUUUGAAAUCAUCUCUGAUGCCGUGUUCAAAGUAAUUUCCGCGAAAUGCAAAAUGAUCUCUGACUCUCCAAAAUUUAGUGAUCUUUUCCUUUCUCUAACGGGUAUUUUGCAUUUCGCGGAAAUUACUUUGAACACGGCAUGAAUUUCCGAAAUUCAGUUAUAUUUUUCAUUUUUGGCGGCUAUUUUGAAUUUUGCGGAAUCAUUUUAAACACGGCAAGUGCUUUUAAAAAUAAGAAACAGAAAGACGGAGGUUUUGACCACGCCCCUUUAAUUUUUUGUUUUGCAUUUUCUUCCACUAAAAAAACGCCGUGAAAAGAGUCCCUUCAUCGAGCUUUUCAUUUUUUCUAGGAUUUUAAAAGCUAAAGAAAUGGUGGAAAAAAAGAAGGCUGCGAAAAUGGUGCAUGAGAGUCGAUGAAAUGGCGAAAAAAGGCAGCAAAAAAUGACAUUUCUGGAACCUUUUUCGAUCCCUUUCGAGUUUGCUUAUGUUGAAGACGCAUGCAGAGAAACAUCUCGCGAGUCUCGAACGGAAUGAUUUCGAGGAAAACGAAGAUCGUGACACGCGAAAUGGCCUAUAUGAAAAGAUAAAAAAAAAGUCCCGCAUAGGAAAAACUUGAAAUUUCUUCGAUAGAAGCUUCGGGACCCACAAAAAUUGGAUUCGUAUCUUUUUUUCAACUUCAGAAGUGAAUUUGAGAGAACCUCCCAUAAUAAAAAACCAAAAAAUUAGAGCCAUUUAGAACUUUUUCCUGACGUUGCUCGUGCCUGGAUCGACGUGGCGAAGCCCUAUGCCGAUAUAGUUGUUCAGCGUGAUUUCAGAGACACUGAUUCGAAGUGGACUGGUUUUUUUUAAUCUGCUCUGAAGAAUUAUUUUUUCGCUUCAGGCUAUCAAAUCACCGUCGCCGCCGCUUUGAUCGACCAGCAAAAGAUUGGGACAAUCGUCUAUAAAGACCCGAAAUCGCUGGCUUCUACCAUUUGCUCGAGAACCUUGCAGCCGUCCGAAGGAUGUAGUUUUCCACACAUUUUCCACAUUUCUUGAAAAUGUAUCAUUUUUUUUCAGAUCAUGAGUUUUUCCAGCGACUCACGAACCUCCUCAAAAUGAAAACCAACGAUUUGUAUGUAGUUUAAUCUUAUGAUUUCUCUAUAUAACUUGAAAAAAAGAACAUUUGGUGAAACAUUUUGAGACAGAAAAACAACUUUCGUAAUUUUUGUUCGAAAUCACCUUCACACCUUCAAAAUAUUUAAAUGUUUUUUUCAACAGGUUCAUUCGAAAAUCGCCUAAAAAAACCUGAUAAGUAUAAAUUGAAAAAAAUUAUCACGAAAUUACAAUUUUAUAAAACAACGCGUGUUUGCAAAAAUUUUCUUGUCCUUUUAAAAAUUUGAAAGAAAAAAAGAGAUUUUAUAAAAUUAUCUCAAGUCCGCAAAUCUUCGGAGCCGUUACCUCAGAGUACCGUAAUCUCAAGGCCCAUAAUCUCCGAAACCACUUAUCUCCGAAAACAAAAAUCUUCAAUUUUCUUUCUCUUUUUUGCAUUUUAUUUUCAUUUCUUUCUCGUGUGGCGCUCAGAAAACAAUCUCCGAUCGAAACUGCGUACGAAAGCCAAAUAUUUUCGUUUUUCAAACUUUUUUUUUAUUUUUUCCACUAAGUGGAAAUAAUUUUCAAUUUUUCAAAUCGACGUUUCUUUCAAUUUUUUUUUUGUUCUUCAGCUUCUCUGAUCACUUUUUCAUGUUGACAGCAAGGAAAAAAAGAGUGAAACUUGAAGUUCAAAUUGGCUUGACCUUAAAUUGUUCAGCUUCUCAAUAAAAAUAGACAUUUCAUGAAUAAAUUAGGGUUCGGCGAGCAAUUUCGAUCGGAGAUUGUUUUCUGAGCACAACACAAGUAAAAAAUGAAAAUAAAAUGCAAAAAAGAGCAAGAAAAUUGGAGUUUUUAUUUUCGGAGAUGUGGUUUCGGAGAUUAUGGGUCUUGAGAUUACGGUACUCUGAGAUAACGGCUCCGAAGAUUUGCGGAUUUGAGGUAAAAUCGUACCAUCACUCCAGCGUUAUAUAAAGUAACGAGCAAGGUCGCUCCACGGCGACGCCUUUUCGAUUUAUUCAUUUUUUGUCUUUUUUUUCCUCAUGUUCAUCGGAGAUACGGAGCAUGUUCCGAAACGCAAAAUAGUUUCAAGCCCCGAAAAAGUACAAUUUUUUUAGUUUAUAGCAAAAAAAAAACGUCCCUUUUUCAAUGAACAAGCGAUCAACCUUUUCUCAUUAUUUAUUUUGUUCAAGGUCUUUCAAACCGAAGGAGGCUUGGCCAACGACCUUCACAAGCACAAAUCAUUAUCAGUAAGACGAAUUUUGAAAGCCAUUUUUCUGAGUUUUCUCUUCAGUGUGGACGGCGACUUCCGACCCUACACAAAGACGGAUCACUUCCAUAAAACUUGCUCGGUUAUUUUCAUUUUGUUAAUUCAUGUAUACAUAUAUUAUUAAAGAAUAUCGCACGAGCGUUUUUGGAAGUUGGGGCUGAACACGCGUCGUCGCUCGUCUUGCCCGGAAAAUAUGCCCAAAACUUGGCCAGUCAAACGGUGAUUUUUUUUUUUGCGUUUAUUUUGAUUUUCUAUUGUUUCAUCAGCUUGAUAAUUUCUAGAAGAUUUUUCUCAAAGCCGGAAAGUAUUGAAUUAGUUUCAGGGAUCAUAUUUGCUAUUGGCAGCGUCUCCAAGUAAAUCAAAGCAGUGCGUAGAUACCGUCAAAUCCUUGUGAGUGCUUUUCUUUUGAAUCAUGUGCCAAAUUUUUUUUUCAAAUUACAUCUCAAGUGUUGAAUAUAACGCAUUAAAUUGAGUAAUUGUAUAUCACGGCUGGAUUGAGUCAUCGAAAAAAGGGUCCUGACACGAAAAAAAGAGAUAACGCUUCUUUAGGGGAGAGAUCAGACAGGCCACGCCCCUGUCCCAUGCCAUCCUUGAAUCAACUAUACAAAAGAAGGUGGUAUGAAAAAAAGACCAGCGAAAAUUCAAACGGCGACUUUUUCGAUUUUUUCAUAUCGCUAGGGAACUUUCCGACGGCCACCUUUCCGACGAAACUUUUUCCGAAUUUUUUCUCAAUAAACUCUUCGUUUUACAUAUUCCUAUAUAAAGUAGGUAGUUUGUUCAUAAUUAAAACACAAAGAAACAGGGAAAAAAAAUGUUAAUAGAUGUUUUAGAAACCGAAAAGCAUAUGGGAAAAAAGUCGGAAAAAAUUUCGUCGGAAAGGUGGCCCUCGGAAAGUUCCCUAGCGAAAUGAAAAAAUCGGAAAAGUCGCCGUUUGAAUUUUCGCUGGUGUUUUUUUCAUACCUCCCGAAAGAAUGAAAAAAAAGAACGUGUACUUUACGGGUAUCCAUAAUAACGCAGCAGUUUUUGUAAUAAGAUAAUACUGUUUAAAGAAUAAAGUUCUUGAUUUUGGGAUAAAUUCUGAUUUUUUUCAUAAAUAAUUUCACUGAAACUGGGCCGAAAGAUUGAAAAAAAUUAUGGUGAAGUUUUUAUCAAAAAAAGAAGUGAAAAAAAGGAAAAAAUAAAGGGGGAACUUGUGCUUUGUUUAGACGUUCCAUUUGUCAGAAAGUUUUCAUUCGUGAAGCAUUUUGCCUAAUCGAUUUCAACCCUUUUAUGGAAUCGAACUCUUAUGUGAAACCAUUUUCAUAUCAAGCUUCAGAAUUACAAAGAAAGACGAUUGCAAACGUACCUCGAGUGUGGGACCGUGCAUGGGGUACACUGACUCCAAUUAUCGAUCAGUUAGUUCUUAGAACAAAAAACCUCCUAAUAAAUUUAAUUCCAGGUUAACUUGGCCGCUUCCUCUCUUUCUGCGUAUACCGGAUGUUUCGAUGGAACGGCCGUUAUCGCCCAGCCCGCUGGGUUUUUUUUUUUCAUUUUCUUAAAAAAAAAUAACUAGCUUUCAGAAUGUACACCGCUUCUCGCCAUGUGCGGGGGCCGAUUCCAUGUGUUAUAGGUGAGGAAAAAGUUUUGAAUUAAACAACAAAAAAAGGAUUCAAUUUUUUUUAGUAGUUCUCACGAAAAACAGCUUCAAAUUGCAAAAAAAUACUGUUUAAAGAAUAAAAUUCCAGAUUUUUUCAUCAAUAAUUUAACUGAAAAUGGACCAAAAAAGAGGAGAAAACCGAAAUUCAGUUCACAAAAAGUUAAGCAGAUCAAAAAUUUAUUGUAAUUCAAAAAUUUCUAAAAACCAAAAUUCAGGUUAUAAAAAGUUAAGCAGACCAAAAUUCAGGUUACAAAAAAAGUUAAGCAGACCAAAAAUUGAGGUUACAAAAAAAGUUAAGCAGACCAAAAAUUCAGGUUACAAAAAAAGUUAAGCAGACCAAAAUUGAGGUUACAAAAAAGUUAAGCAGACCAAAAUUCAGGUUACAAAAAAAUUAAGCAGACCAAAAAUUCAGGUUACAAAAAAAGUUAGGCAGACCAAAAAUUCAGGUUACAAAAAAAUUGAGCAGACCAAAAUUGAGGUUACAAAAAAUUGAGCAGACCAAAAUUGAGGUUACAAAAAGUUAAGCAGACCAAAAUUGAGGUUACAAAAAGUUAAGCAGACCAAAAUUCAGGUUACAAAAAGUUAAGCAGACCAAAAUUCAGGUUACAAAAAGUUAAGCAGACCAAAAUUGAGGUUACAAAAAGUUAAGCAGACCAAAAUUCAGGUUACAAAAAGUUAAGCAGACCAAAAUUGAGGUUACAAAAAGUUAAGCAGACCAAAAUUCAGGUUACAAAAAAUUAAGCAGACCAAAAUUCAGGUUACAAAAAGUUAGGCAGACCAAAAUUCAGGUUACAAAAAAUUGAGCAGACCAAAAUUGAGGUUACAAAAAAUUGAGCAGACCAAAAUUGAGGUUACAAAAAGUUAAGCAGACCAAAAUUGAGGUUACAAAAAGUUAAGCAGACCAAAAUUCAGGUUACAAAAAGUUAAGCAGACCAAAAUUGAGGUUACAAAAAGUUAAGCAGACCAAAAUUCAGGUUACAAAAAGUUAAGCAGACCAAAAUUGAGGUUACAAAAAGUUAAGCAGACCAAAAUUCAGGUUACAAAAAGUUAAGCAGACCAAAAUUGAGGUUACAAAAAGUUAAGCAGACCAAAAUUCAGGUUACAAAAAAUUAAGCAGACCAAAAUUGAGGUUACAAAAAAUUAAGCAGACCAAAAUUGAGGUUACAAAAAGUUAGGCAGACCAAAAAUUCAGGUUACAAAAAAAGUUAGGCAGACCAAAAAUUCAGGUUACAAAAAAAUUGAGCAGACCAAAAUUGAGGUUACAAAAAGUUAAGCAGACCAAAAUUCAGGUUACAAAAAGUUAAGCAGACCAAAAUUGAGGUUACAAAAAGUUAAGCAGACCAAAAUUCAGGUUACAAAAAGUUAAGCAGACCAAAAUUCAGGUUACAAAAAGUUAAGCAGACCAAAAUUCAGGUUACAAAAAGUUAAGCAGACCAAAAUUCAGGUUACAAAAAAUUGAGCAGACCAAAAUUGAGGUUACAAAAAGUUAAGCAGACCAAAAUUCAGGUUACAAAAAGUUAAGCAGACCAAAAUUCAGGUUACAAAAAGUUAAGCAGACCAAAAUUGAGGUUACAAAAAGUUAAGCAGACCAAAAUUCAGGUUACAAAAAAAGUUAAGCAGACCAAAAAUUGAGGUUACAAAAAAAUUAAGCAGACCAAAAAUUCAGGUUACAAAAAAAGUUAAGCAGACCAAAAAUUCAGGUUACAAAAAAAGUUAAGCAGACCAAAAUUCAGGUUACAAAAAAUUAAGCAGACCAAAAUUGAGGUUACAAAAAAAGUUAAGCAGACCAAAAUUCAGGUUACAAAAAGUUAAGCAGACCAAAAUUGAGGUUACAAAAAGUUAAGCAGACCAAAAAUUCAGGUUACAAAAAAAUUAAGCAGACCAAAAAUUGAGGUUACAAAAAAAGUUAAGCAGACCAAAAAUUCAGGUUACAAAAAAAGUUAAGCAGACCAAAAAUUGAGGUUACAAAAAAAGUUAAGCAGACCAAUAUUAAUUUUCUAAAAAAUUGAGCGAAAAGAUUUAUUUUACAGAAGAUUAAGCAGAUAUUCGACUUACAAAAACUUAGCUCAACCAAAUCCCACUAAUACUUACUUUUUAUACGAAAUCCGUUUUCAGUGCCGAUACCCCUGCAAACUGUCAAUUUGAAAUGCCCACAAGGAUGGACCGCAUACGAUAGAGCUUACGAACUCGCCUGUCAUUUAUUCGUGGGUUUUUUUUUCUCGACAUUUUCUCUAAAUUUUUCCUCCGCCUUUUUUGUACAUUAUAAUUUGGCUUGCCUAAUAAUAAAUGAAUAAAUCUAUUCCAGGUUCUAACACGGAAAUCUUGGGAUGAUGCUCGUGCAUAUUGCCUCUCCGAACAUGGAGGCACCCUAUCCGCCUUUGAAACGGAACAAGAGAAAACGUUGCUUUACGGUUAGAGAAAAAUUCAAAUGGUGGAGCUAAAAAAAAUUUAAUCGCUCUAUAACUCUUCGAAAAAUAUCAUUUCAUUUUCUUCAGUUCAAACUUAGGUUUUGAUUGGAAAAAUUUGAGAGGAAUGCAAUAAAAAAUUGAAGUAGAAUAUUUUUUUUUUUGGCAUUUUUUGGUUUUUUACAGACCAAGCCAAAGGUAAGAUCCGCGGCGGCGGGCAAUUCUACAUUUCCGGCAAACGUAACCCGGAAUGCCGCACGAUGAAUUAUUCAACUGACCCCACUCACGUUUGCUAUCGCCCAAAUGUAAUCGAAAAUGCGUUUGAUUUAGUCAAAUAUGCUUUUUUUUGUAGCUUUUUUCGUGGGCAGACAUGGCGGGACGCGAUCACACCAUUAUCGAUAAAUUCUGGUCGCCGGGUAAUCCCGACUGGCGCAGGUAAAUUGGAGUACUACCCUUGGAGUAUUUUGAUAAGGGUUUAGGCUUGGAAAAUUUUAUGAUUUUUUUUUCUUGUAGAUGAACAACGAGUGAUAAAGGACGAGAAAAAUAGUUGAGCAGUUUUUUAAAUUAUUAAACAGGUUAAUUUUGAGCUCUGAAUAGUUUUUUAGGUUUCUAAAAAGGCAUGAUAUAAUAAGUGAUUUUUUGAGUGCAUAAAAAUAAGGUAUUGGUAUAGUUUUGAAAUAGUAAUUCACCGGAGAUAAAAGAUACUUACUUCAAGGAGCAAUUUGGAUUUUUUAAAACUGGCUACACUGUUCCGAAACGAGUUUUUUUUUCGCGGAAAAAAAUCUUAAAGCAUUCUUUUCGCUUCUACCAAAAAUUAUUUUUUUUUCGGAACUCUUAUGGCUGUACACACUUUACCAUGUUCAUCAUGAAAAACAUUUUCUGAAACUUGAAAGUUUAAGAUCGGAUGAAGAUUGCCUGACGAUUCUGGUCGGUAAUCACGGUUGGCUUGCAGCUGGCGGUGACAACACAUUGAACGAUAACUCGUGAGUUUCGAAAUAUUAAUUAGUAGAAGUGGUCUAUUUUUGUGAAAAGAGCUUCGAAGUAUCAAAAAACAAUCUUCUUCUACAAGCUGUAAAGUAGAAAGUUAUGCUUUUUUGGAUUUAUCUAUCCUUGAUUCGUCUGGCAUUGAAUUUUUCUCCGCACAGCGGUCUAGCUUCGGCUUGAGCCAUUCCAAAUGCGACCAUUAAAUUGAGGAUACUUUUUUGCUGAGCUUCCAUCUUUUCUCAUAAAGGAAAUGAAGGUCGCAAGUCGUUUUUUGGUCCGACGCGCAUCAAAUCAUUCCACGUGCGACCUCGGUUCUCAUUUAGCUUUAAUUUCGACCAUUUCCCGCAAAAAUCCUGAUUUUUGAGUGCUGGAUUUGUAAAGGUCUUUGAAAAUUGGUAGGAUCGUUACUUUGAGAAAUCAAAUAUAGUCUGUUCAGAUUUUAAAUGCCAAGUCCUCGCUCACGCUACGCCCCUAAUGGCGCGACAAACCAAUCAGAAAGCUAGCGAUUCACAGAGCGUUUUCGAAUGACGUCAUUCUACUUGACAUUCAAAAUUUGAACGAACUAUAUAUGCGAAUGUUGACAGGAAUGACUCAAAAUGGCUCCUUGAAAUAUUCUUAUCAAAAAGAUAAUUUUCAGUUGCUACUUCACACUGCCCUUCUCUUGUCAGAUCAUGUACCCUCACAAUUGA